AUUCGUUUGCCUGGCUUAAAGCCGUCAUGUUAAUUCUUUUUGACUUUCUAAGCAUCUAGUGGGCGACCCCAUUAAAUUCAUCUAGAGUAUAGUAUUUGUUAGGCUACGUGAAAAUGCCCGAAAAACCAGCUGCGAAGUCACCACCGAAGCCUUUGAACAGCAUCAAGGGCACCAGGACAUCCACUUCUUCAUCCAAAUCCACUUCCAACAGGAACAGACCCACAGGAGCUGCAGUGAUUCGUCCUCCAUUGCCAAAUGCACAUGAUAGGAUUUGGAAGAUCAUGAAGAUGUAGAGCCAUGGAUCAAAAUCUAUUUUACGGGGUCCCCAAACUGGACAAACAUUUUUUAAAACAAGAUAUUCUUAUACUAUAAAAUUCACAUGAAUAAAAUAAAUCGGUAACUUCGACAGGGCUGAAUAAAGCGAAAAAAUCCCUUUAGGGAAAAAACUCUUAUAAAUCCCUAAUUUGCUCACUGGAAGUUUGUAUAAGCGCAGGCGCUGGUCUCCAAAGAGAAAUGAGGGAUAUUUCAAUUGCCGGGUAAUUUGCUCUUCCAUUGCGAUUCUCUAUCUCACUUUGCCUGGAGCUGAGUUAAAGGUAGAACAUGUAUAAGUCAAUAAGAGUCUUAACUGGUAUUAUUUUAACUAUAAUAAGCUUAUCAAAAAUGUCAAAAAACUUGAA